CGUCUACCUCUACACUAUACACUCAUGUACUCGUAUGUAAGCGUAAGGCGUUUGUAUCUGUCUGUACUCUGUAGUAAAGUUAUACGGUGUUCGUGGUUCGUUCGCGGCGUAUGGUACGGAACAUCAAAUGUACUCGUACAUAUGAACAGGAUUGCCAUUGCUUAAUUCUACGUCAGCGUCACUGGUUUUCAUAAUAAAUUGUUGCUUCUACCACCACAUUUUUCGCGUCCUCCAGCAGCGGCCGUCCCAAGUUUCUUCAUAGAACACAUGUAUACGUUUGAUGAAUUGUACGCAAGUAUUUAAACACUGACAGAUAUGUGGCGCUGGAUAUUAUUACUCGUGCUUCCUUUAGACUUGAUACUCAGUCAUCCUGCCACCGAAUCGAAUAACAAUGCUCAAUAUCUUAAGGAAUUCGAAAAUAAAAUCAUACACGCCGCCAGAACAGGAAAAAGAUCCGAACUAAUCCAAUUACAAAAACUUUUCGAAACUGAAAUCCUACUAUCGAUGUUGAAAUCGAUAAACAAUGCUUCUGCAGACACGCAACCCAUCGUCGAAAAUUUAGUCUCACAAGAUGAUAACACGGGCAGCAUAUCGAAAAUACGUAAAAAAAGGGCUCUCGAAUUAUUCACCAAUUUACUAGGAAGCAGCAGCGGUAGUAGUAGUGGAGGCGGUGGUGGAGGCGGCGGUGGCGAUUCUGCAGAUGGUGGCGGCGGCGGAGGCGGCUCUGGUUCCGGAUCGAUUUUGAGUUUAUUAGGACCACUUCUUGGUAGCAGUAGCGGAGGUGGAGGAGGAGACGGCGAAGGCGAAGAAGGCGGCGGCGGCGGCGGCGGUAGUGGCUCAGGAUCCAUAUUAAGCUUACUAGGACCUCUUUUGGGAAGUAGCAGCGGAGGCGGCGGUGGCGGCGGAAGCGGCGAAGAAGGAGGCGGCGGCGGUGGCGGUUCCGAUUUAAGCAGCAUAUUGGGUAUCAGUAGUAGCAGCAGUAACAGCGGAGGAGGCGGCGCUGGAGCUGCCGGCGAAGCUACCCAUAAAAGAUCUGCUAGCGAUGCUGCUAAAAAACGAUCUGCCAGCGAGGCUGCUCAAAGGAGAUCUGCUAGUGAAACUGCUCAAAAGAGAUCUGCCAGUGAUACUGCUCAAAAGAGAUCUGCUAGUGAGACUGCGCAAAGAAGACCUGCCAGCGAAUCUAAUCAAAAGAAACCGACUGUUGAAGCUAAUAAGAGCUAGAAUUGAUGGUUUAGAUGAUUAUAAACCGAAGACUGAAAGUUUGAAUUAAGUUUUGCACGUUACCGUAUACUUAUAACAGUUUUAUUACGGUAGAAAAGAGACAACACGGACCUUUUGAAAAUUCUAUUCCUUUUAUAUUUAGGCCUAAUUACAAAAUAGUUUUAUAUACCUAUAUAUUAAUGUGUUCAAUAAAGAAGAAAUAUAAACUCGCGCAUCCAUCAACUCAGCGAUGUAGGUACCUAGUUACUGAUUUGAAUUUUUUAUUUUUUUUUCAAAUGUUCUGUUUAUCAAUAAUGAUGUAAAUAGUGUAAUAUUUUUUUUUCUUUAAUAAAAUCUAUUAUAAUAGAUAUAA